UAGUGCCUAUAGUGGCCGCGUUCCGCGUCUCGUGAUAUCUCGCAACGCGCGCGACUUGUAAGCUUGUAAUUUUAAUAGCUUCGCACCCUUCUCUGGGUCGGUUUCGUGGUGUUUAGGUGUGCAAAGCAUGUUCUAUUCUUGAGUAUGGACGCCUGCGGAACAUCUCGAAGCAAUCGGCCGAGUCUCAUGGAAGGGGUUGGAGGUCGUGUCAUGCGAGGUCCCGACUGGAAAUGGGGAAAACAAGACGGCGGUGAGGGCCAUUUAGGAACUGUGCGCAACUUCGAAUCUUCCGAGGAGGUUGUUGUCGUAUGGGAUAACGGCACGGCAGCUAACUACCGCUGUUCUGGAACCUAUGACCUGAGGGUUGUCGACAGUGCUCCCACAGGCAUAAAACACGAGGGCACUAUGUGCGACGUGUGUAGACAGCAGCCCAUCUUUGGAAUCCGUUGGAAAUGCGCCGAAUGUUCAAACUACGAUCUAUGUUCCAUCUGCUACCACGGUGACAAGCAUCAACUGAGGCACCGCUUCUUCCGGAUUACGGUUCCAGGCACCGAACGGUUUCUACUAGAACCUCGUCGCAAAAGCAAGAAACUUGGUGUGCGUGGGAUCUUCCCUGGUGCAAGAGUAGUACGUGGCGUAGACUGGCAAUGGGAAGAUCAAGAUGGUGGAAAUGGGAGACGAGGAAAAGUGACUGAAAUUCAAGAUUGGAGUGCAGCAAGCCCACGUAGUGCAGCCUAUGUAAUUUGGGACAAUGGGGCAAAGAAUCUCUAUCGUGUUGGUUUUGAAGGAAUGGCAGACUUGAAGGUCGUCAACGAUGCCAAGGGUGGCACCGUGUACAGAGACCACCUCCCAUUGUUAGGUGAAUAUGGUCAUGGAAAGUCUGGCAUCAACGGUUUCCAGAUUGGAGAUCAGGUUAAUGUUGAUCUAGACUUGGAGAUAGUGCAGAGUCUGCAACACGGACACGGUGGCUGGACUGAUGGAAUGUUUGAGUGCCUCGGAACUACUGGCACGGUCAUAGGUGUUGAUGAAGAUCACGACAUUGUUGUAUCAUACCCCAGUGCAAACAGGUGGACAUUCAACCCAGCUGUUCUUACCAGAGUGAAUGCGGACUCAGCAGGAACCACGCAGCUAUUUUCUGUUGGAGAUUUGGUCCAGAUCUGCAGUGACUUGGAAAGGAUCAAAAUCCUUCAGAGGGGCCAUGGAGAAUGGGCGGAAGCCAUGACUCCCACCCUUGGAAAAAUUGGCCGUGUUCAGCAGAUCUAUCAUGACAAUGACUUGAAAGUUGAAGUAUGUGGGACGCUGUGGACCUACAAUCCUGUUGCUGUCACCAAAGUAGCUUCAGAUGGAGCUGUGGCUGGUGCAUCGAGUGGAGAGCGCUUGAGCGCUUUGCUGAAGAAACUGUUUGAGAACCACGUCUCUGGAGACAUCAGCGAGGAACUGGUGAAAGCAGCUGCCAAUGGUGAUGCCCAGAAAUGUGAGGAGAUCCUCAAACGGCCUGACGCUGAUGUAAAUGGUGUGUUUGCAAGUCACACUGCCCUUCAAGCUGCUAGCCAGAAUGGCCACAUUGAAGUGAUCAAGAUCUUGUUGCGACAUAAAGCUGAUGUGGAGAUUGAGGACAAAGAUGGGGAUCGUGCAGUCCAUCACACAGCAUUUGGUGACGAGCCUGGUGUUAUGGACCUACUAGCUCAUGCAGGAGCAGACCUCAACGCUCGUAACAAGAGACGCCAAACGCCUUUGCACAUCGCCGUAAACAAGGGUCAUGUUGGAGUGGUGAAAACUCUCCUGGAUUUGACAGCACAUCCCAGCUUGCAGGAUUGUGAAGGGGACACACCUUUGCAUGAUGCCAUCAGCAAAAAGAGGGAUGACAUGUUAACCAUUCUGCUGGACCAUGGUGCUGACAUCAUCCUCACCAACAACAAUGGAUUCAAUGCUCUUCAUCAUGCAGCACUGCGUGGGAACCCAAGUGCUAUGAGAACCUUGCUCUCUAAACUUCCGAGGCCCUGGAUUGUGGAUGAGAAGAAAGAUGAUGGUUACACCGCACUCCAUUUGGCCGCUCUCAACAACCAUGUUGAAGUUGCAGAACUUCUCGUUCAUCAGGGGCAUGCCAACACGGAUUUGCAGAAUGUCAAUCUCCAGACACCUCUGCACCUGGCAGUAGAGAGGCAACAUGCACAGAUUGUCAGGCACCUGGUUCGGGAAGGGUGUAACCUGAACAUCCCGGAUAAAGACGGCGAUACUCCGCUUCACGAGGCCUUGCGUCACCACACACUUUCACAGCUGCGUCACCUGCAGGACAUGCAAGAUGUUGCUAAAGUCGGCAGAGGAUCCAGCAGUGGGAAUCUGGAACUGUUGAUGGGUCUGGGAAGUCAGGGUGCAGACAAGAAGUCAAGCGCUUCCAUUGCCUGCUUCCUAGUGUCCAACGGGGCAGAGCUGUACAUUAAGAACAAAAAGGGACAGGCUCCCUUGGACCUCUGUCCUGAUCCCAACCUCUGCAAAGCACUUGUCAAGUGCUACAAGGAGAAGUCACCCCAGUUGCUAACACCAUCGACAAGCCCGCAGCCAGGAGAUGCAUUUGAAGACUGCAUCGUGUGCUCAGAUAUGAAACGAGAUACCCUGUUUGGGCCCUGUGGCCAUGUGGCCACCUGUUCCCUGUGUUCACCCCGCGUCAAGAAGUGCCUUAUGUGUAAAGAGCCUGUACAAUCACGAACGAAGAUUGAAGAGUGUGUUGUGUGCUCCGACAAAAAAGCAUCUGUCCUUUUCAAACCAUGUGGUCACAUGUGCGCCUGUGACGGUUGUGCUGCCCUCAUGAAGAAAUGUGUCCAGUGUCGAGCUCAGAUUGACAAGAUGAUGCCAUUCAUUGCCUGCUGUGGAGGCACAGCACCUGCAGACCCGGAUAAGGCAAGGACUCAAAUCGUCCGCGCACCAUUGUCCAAGUCGGAUAUCUCCCUAAACUUGUCUAAAUUUCCAACAGAGAAGAACGAGAAUUCACCAUCAACAUCUCUCUUGUCAUCUCUUCCUGGUCAUGUCAUGAACAAUGGAGCACGGGACAACACCCACAAUGACUUGCAGAAGUUGCAGCAGCAGUUGCAAGACAUAAAGGAGCAGACCAUGUGUCCAGUGUGCCUGGAUCGUCUGAAGAACAUGAUCUUCCUGUGCGGUCACGGAACUUGCCAAAUGUGUGGGGAUCGUAUGUCCGAGUGCCCCAUAUGCCGCAAAUCUGUGGAAAAGCGGAUCCUACUAUAUUGACAGAUACCUAUAUUGACUUUACCCAGUUACGACAAUUAUAGAAUGGUCAGUGAGCAGAAAACCCAAGCAGGCUAGUGUGGAUUCUGCAUGAGUUUCCUUGAAGGUUUACGCAGGGAAGAACACAGGCAGGCUCUUGUUCUUCCUACACUGUAUCUCUAUAUUUCAAGUAUCCCUAUCUCUACUGAUGUAGAAUGCUCCACAAGCGUGCUAUUUCAGGGAACAAGUAGUUAGAAUUGAAAUUAGCUCGAGCCCCAUUAUCAUUUUUUUGAUGCCGUAGGCUCUUUUACGGCUGAAUGAAGAAUGAAAUGCAGGCUGUGUUUCACAAACCACAGGGAACUGAAGGAUUAUGGUAUUUGGCAGUUUUAUUGCAAUGAAAAUAGCCACAUUUCAGAUGUUGCUCUAUUGGAGGAAUAGGUUAUAUGCAACUCAUACCAGUAUCGGACACAUCCGAAAGUGGGAAAUCCAGCAUUUUCGUACAGAUAGAUUGUAAUCACUAUGGCAUACAGGUAUUGAAACUCUUUCGUACCUGUACUUUUUUAGAGUGAAUCAGAAGAUUUCACAGUGCUCAUUCAUGUGUCAUUUGUAGAGGCGAGUAAGUAAACUCCUACCUGGCCUCCGCACCGUGCCUGCAGAUGUGCCAUCAGCGACAGGUAUGGAUUUUCUAUCUGCAUAAAGGUGCGGGUAUGUAACAGGACACAUGGUCACCUAAAACAAUAACCUUGAGCUGCCCUAUUUCUGCUGUGCUGUGACAAGUAAAAUUUUUGCUACCUGUGUGCGUUCAAAUUGAGAUUAGUUUUCCUUAUGUAAUAUAUAUCGGUUUGCUUUUCAUCUGUACGCCGUUCACUUUGUAAACUGCGAUUUGGUGUGCUUCAUAUGUGUAUAGCAUGUUCUUUAACUUUUGUAUCAGUACUGUUGUCCAUAGGAGACUUUCUGCAUUAUAUUCAUGAGCAUUAUCUCCAAUGCGUAACAUAACGACUAUACAGGUGGCUAAUCAGUUAUGCAACUUUGCCGACUGAUGUGAAAAGGAUAUGCAGUGAUGAUCUUGUAUAUUAUAUAAUAAUAAUAAUAAAUAUUAUAUAUUAAUCUUAAUAUUGUUAAGCAGAAAGAUUAGACAGGUGUAGCCAAUGGAGCAGUUUUUAAUGACGGCCAUAAAGGAUGGAAGCUGAGACCAGAAUAAAUUGGGCGCGGUCUCGCGCGAUGGUCAGAGUGAUGGGGAUGAUUGCGAUCCGUGAUCUUCCUCACAAUAUAUAAUAUUAAUAAAUAUUAUUAUUAUAUAAUAA